AAAUAAGACUUGAUUCAUCUACGAAAAGUCUUGUUUUCAGGAAGGACAGUAAGACGCUAGUAAAAUGGGCAACCAUUUUGGAAGAAACAAUGAAUUGAUUAACGAUACAAACGCAGUGGAUAAGGAGGAAACAGAAUUAUCCGACUUCAACCGAAAUGAGACCGGGGAGAGAGCAUUUGAAAAUCAGCGGUUCUGCAGCAUAGAGACAGAUGGUCCAUACGGAGAACUCCGUCGAAAUCUACUGCAUAUCACUCGAAGGGAGGUCGAAAUGUAUAUGCGUUCUUCAGAUAUGUCAGAAUUAUACAACAAGACUGAAGCCUUGAAAAGGGGUCAACCACUGAAGACGAAGUUAAGAAAAGGAUUCACCGGAAAAUUGAAAAAUAUCUUCAAUAAGUUCAAAAAUUUCUUCUGUCGAUUUAAAAAUUGAUCAUUACAAUCAAAGUUUUCAUUACUGCUGGGCUGUGCUGCUAUUUGUGUUUCAUAAAUGUUAAGAUAUUUAUUUGCUUAAUCACUUUUAGCAAGUUUCACAUAGAACUUAAGUUGUGUAUGUACUUUCUAACGAUGUUGUUAAACACUGCUAUAUAUCUGCUAAACACUGUAAAAAUAUUUUAUUUGUACUGUAAUUACAUGUAUACAAUCUAAAAUCAACAAGGUAGUUCAUAA